UUUCUCUGAAGUCGUGGUCACUGAAACUAACACACCACCGAAGAGCCUCUGAUCUCACCAGACGAUUUGCAAAUGAAAAGCAUCUUUAGCUAAUCCGGCCACUGAAACCGUUCACGAGAUCAGGUAGUUUGGAUUUGAGAUCAGGUUCAUUUACUUGCAAGGUGUUGUGAUUUCGGCUGCAUUUUGGUUCUAGACAUCAUGGGAAAGCCUGCAAGGUGGUUAAAAAGUGUAUUACUUGGGAAGAAACCAUCUAAAUCUAGUGGUUCUAAAGACAAGGAGAGAAUUGUGAUUGGAAAAGAGGUUGUAGUUAUUUCAAAGAUUGAAGAAUCCGAUGUUGUUUCGGAUAUUCUACCCAUAGAAAAUGCAGCCGUUUACACCAGUGGUAUGGUAGAGACACAGAAUCUAGAACAUGAAGAUGUUUCAGCCAACGAGAUACAAGUUUCUGAGGUCCAACCAACAGAUUGUCAAGAUGCUGGUUCUGUUCCUGAUGAUUCGCCAUCCGAAUCAGAGAAAAUUCAACAAGAGAUUGCAGCAGUUACCGUGCAGGCUGCGUAUAGAGGCUACUUGGCUCGACGUGCUUUCAGGAUCUUAAAAGGUAUAAUAAGGCUACAAGCAGUUUUCCGUGGUCACAUGGUUAGAAGGCAAGCUGUUUCGACCCUGUGUUGUGUUAUGGGAAUUGUCAGAUUGCAAGCACUUGCUCGAGGAAGAGAGGUCAGGCAUUCCGACAUUGGAGUUGAAGUUCAUAGGAAAUGCCGGUUGCAUCAUCAGCCUUUGGAAAACAAACUCACCAACUCAGUUGUUGAUACGCAUGCUUACCUGGGAAUCAAGAUGCUAACAGCUAAUGCUUUUGCUCAGAAGCUUCUAGCUUCAUCGCCAAACGUGAUGCCAUUGUCCCUUGACAAUGAUUCUUCCAAUUCAAUCUGGUUAGAGAACUGGUCAGCUUCUUACUUCUGGAAACCAGUUCCUCAGCCAAAGAAGGCCUCAGUCAGAAGAACUCAGAAAAAGUUUGCCAGUAACUCUCAGAUAGUCGAGGCUGAGUUUGCUAGACCAAAGAAGAGUGUUCGCAAAGUCCCUACUUCAAAUCUCGACAAUCCCUCAGUGGCACAGACAACACUUGAGGUUGAAAAACCCAAACGCAGCUUCCGCAAAGUUUCAGCAAGUCAUUCUGUAGAACCACUACCAGACAUGGAAAAUCCUCAAGUUGAUCUAGAGAAAGUGAAACGUGGCUUGAGGAAAGUACAUAAUCCCAUAGUUGAGAAUUCUAUCCAACUUCAGCCGGUUCCACAGAUUGCAGUCGAAAAGCCAAAUCCGCUAGGUUCAGAAGAAUUUGUGAAUGCCUUUGAUGGAGAGAAAGAAGAUGAAAUGUCUGAGACAGUGGUGGAACAACCUGAGGAAUUAAUACUAACUCGUGGACCAUUGAGAGCCAAUGAAGCACUUGAUUCGACAUCGGUCAAUCAAAUCGAAGAGAGCAAAGAAAAUGUAAUGGCUGAGGAAAAGGAGGAUGUGAAAGAAGAGAGAACUCCCAAACAAAACUAUAAGGAGAAUUCAACACGGAAGGAGAAUCAGAAAUCCGGGAAAAAGGCUUCUCUAGUUACCACUACUCAAACCGCCGAGUGUGAAGAGAGUAGUUAUGGAAAUCAGACUGGUAGCCAGGGAAUACCAAGCUAUAUGCAAGCAACUAAAUCCGCAAAAGCAAAGCUGAGGCUACAAGGCUCUUCUUCACCUAAGCAACAAGGGACUACUGAGAAAGCCAGUAGACGUUACUCCCUACCAUCUUCAGGUAAUAGUGCAAGAGUAACUUCUCAUUCUCCAAAAACAAGAGUCUCAAACUCAGGUGGCAAAACCGGGAAUAAGACUGAGAAACCUCUUCAUUCGUCCAAAGAAGGAAAUGGGAAGACAACUCAAGUAGAGUGGAAGAGAUGGUAGAGAAAAAGUUGAGGCCUUUCAUGUUUCUAAAUAUAUUACAUCUAUAUAUAUUAUUAGUUAGUGUAUGUCUUUGUAUUUGUCUUUCUUUGUCUUUGUGUUUGUGUCAUGAUUUGAGAAUGUACAUCAUAGGUCUUUUUUGGGUGGGAUAAUCGUACCUUACUUUUUUUAAUUUUUUUUUGUGUGCACCUAUGCUACAGUACUUCUACGACCUUUAAAAUUUAAAUAAACAAACUUUAAAUUUGUAUGGGAUAUGUAAUGAUCAUCAUAUGUUGUGAUAGA